AUGUAUAUGUUUUUAAUAAGAGUUGUUAUUAAAAUAGUAAUAUCACUUGAAAUGAUUGACGUUCAAAGACAAAUUCAUCGUGAUCUUUCAAUUGAUGAUCGACGUUUUCAUUUAAAUAUUAUUAAAAUGCUUUCAUGUCUUAUUGCUGAAUAUAUUAUUCGAUUUGAUAAUGAUCAAACAAAUAAAUCACUAGAUGUUGAUAUGCCUCCAUCGAAAAAACGCAAAAAAGCUAAAGCAUCGAAAACUUAUGAAAAAUCAAGUUUAACAUCUGAUUCAUUGAGAGAUAAAUGUUUAAAAGGUCUUUGUGAUAUUAUUCGAUCACAUAUUAAACCAUUAUGGGAUCCUUCAAUCAUUGAUGAACAAUUUGUUAAAUGUGUUACUAAACCAUGUUAUCAUUUAAUACGUCGAACAGAUAUUGCAAAGAAUCCAAUUGUAAAAGAAAAUCUUCCAUUAAUACUUACGAUUAUGAUCAAUAAAUUUGAACAUGCACGAGGUAUAUUUUAAAAUAAGAAAAAUAAUUGAAUAAUAUUAUUUUAUUUUGUUAUAUUUCAGCAACAUCAAAAACAUUUUGUACAUAGUAACAAAGAGUACUAUGUUGUUGUUGUAGAUCGAAUACCAUCGAAAUAUUUAUCGAAGACAUUCGU